AUGAAUCGUCGUAUCGUUGUAUUUUCAGGCGGAAGUGCUGCCAACAGUCUGGUGGAUGUUUUUGGGAAAGUUGCCGAAGAAAAGGCCUGUUCUCUGAGUUAUGUCAUCCCGAUUAGUGACAAUGGAGGUUCUUCCUCUGAACUUAUUCGUGUCUUUGGUGGUCCAGGUAUUGGUGAUGUGAGAAGUAGACUAGUCCGACUUAUCCCCGAAGAUUCUACUGGCACCAAUCCCGAAAGAUCCGCUCUGAGUGCUUUCUUCAACCAUCGUCUGGAUCCCUCCCCCCAAGAAGCCAAACAUGAAUGGCUAGCCAUAGUCGAAGGUCACUCUCCUUUAUGGAGCGACAUCACCUCUGCCAAGCGUGAACUGAUUCGUUCCUUUCUCAAUACCAUAAACCUCGAGAUAGUCAAGCGAGCUCGUCCAACCUCUGUCUUUAAUUUUCAAUCGGCUUCUGUAGGCAACUUGUUCUUAACAGGUGCUCGUAUAUUUACGGGAAGUUUUGAGGCGGCAAUUUAUCUUUUAUCAAGUAUCACCGGUGUGAGAGAUAAUGUUGAGGUUAUCCCGGCAAUCAAUAGUAAUUUUUCAUAUCACAUUUCUGCAGGAUUACGAGACGGUACAAUAAUUGUCGGACAAAAUAAUAUCUCCCACCCCAUAGCCCCCACCUUCGUCCCCACGCAGCCUGUUUCUCCCGCCACCUUCCACAAGCGUCAAUCCAUUGACCUUCUAUACCACGAUCGUAUCGAAGAUGCCAAUCUCCCAGGUUCUCUUCCCACCCUUCGCAAACAAAACAUCCUCUUUCAAAAAUCUCAUACCGAGGAGCUGUCCUCCGCCAUCGAGCGAAUCUGGUACAUCAACCCCUAUGGCCAAGAAAUUCGUCCUACUCCCAAUACCAAAGUCCUCUCUGCCCUCCAAGACGCUAGUUGCGUAAUUUAUAGUAUCGGCUCUCUAUACACUUCUAUCCUCCCUUGCUUGAUAUUAAGAGAUGUAGGACCUGCGAUUGCGGAUCCGAAAAUUAAGUUUAAAGUCCUUAUUUUGAAUGGCUGUCUAGAUCGCGAGACGCCGGGGUAUACGGCCAAAGAUUUUAUCCAGGCGAUUGUUCACGGCUGUACUGGAAACGGAAAGGAAGAACAUGAUCACGAACAAGAACAUCCUGAAAAAGUAAAAGAACAAGAAUGGAAAAAAUACAUCACGCAUGUAGUAUAUCUAGAAGGCCCAGGUACACCGAUGGUAGACAAGACGGAGCUCAGGAGAUUGGGUAUUGAAGCUGUGAGAGUCUAUGGACGAAGAUCGGAUUCUGGGAAAGAGGAACCGGCCGUAAUAUUGAAGAAUCCGGUUAUUGAUGCGGUGAAGAGUGAGGAUGUGGGGAAUGGAACUGAAAAUAGGGUGAGAGAGGACAUUGUGGGAGCCAUAGAUAUAGAUGAUAGUUCGGGAAUGAAGUAUGAUGCAGUUGGGCUAGGGCAGGCGUUGAAUGCCAUUUUUGGAGGCAAACCGGAGAAGUCGAGGAGAUAUACCUUUAUUGGUUGA